AUGGAUAGAACGAAAAUCGACGCCUUUUUUAUUUACGAUGAGGAUGUGAAAAAGGAUGACAAAUCAGUUACUGAUGAGGAGCUACAAGCAGAGAAGGUGAUAUAUUACUAUCCGAACGAAAUAGAUGAAAAUAUAAAAGUAACACACACAAGCACUAUGGAAGGUAUUUCGGCAUUCUUAUCCCAAUUCAGUAAAUCACAUAUGGAUCAUAUUAUAACACAUGAAAAUUUAAUUGUUAUAAAUAAGUGGUAUAAGCAUGUAUUUGUGGCUAUUGUUGUAAAAAACAUAUAUAAGAACGACAAAAUGGAACUGCUAAUGUGCAAAUUGUUACAUUCAAUUUUGAAUAAUUUCAUUUCUAUAUUUACCCUACUACAUGGUCACAUUCGGACAUUCUUAAAAUAUAAGAAAUAUAAAACGACAGAAAAUAUGAAUAGAAAAACUAGCUUACAAACACUUUUAGAUGACUAUGUAUUUACUUACAUAAAUACGAUUAACAACGAAUGCAUAAGCAUUCAUAAUGAUCUACAAAGUUUUCACUUUUUCCCCGUUGAAAAGCGUACCUACAUUACUGUUCAGAACUUAAUUUCAUCCCUUAUAUUGGAACACAAACAAAUAAAACAUGGAAGUCUAUUCUACGAAGGACAUUUGAUAUAUUCAAGUCUCGAAAUGAAUGAGAUGAAAACGAUUUACAACUAUUUGGUGUCCUAUAGCGGAACUGUAAACAAUUUAAAACUAAAUCAGCACCCUUUUAAGAAAAUCGCGUCAUCCGCCGCCAUCAAUGCAAAUGGAGGUUUGUCUAGCUUUGCUCGAUGCAACUCAAUCGAGGAUAAAAACUCAUUCCUUUUGGGAAUUAAAAAGUCAUCCGUCUUUAUGCCAGUGGUAACGUUAAGCGGAGAGAAAAAACACAAACUAGUUGCAUUCAUUUUCAGAGGAAUUUUACUUAUGUUACUAAUUAAGGGGAAUACAAUAAAAGAUGAAGACUUCGAUAUUCUAAUCGAUGUGCAAAAUAAAUGUACAAACGAAAAUUCAAGUAGUAUAUACAAUUUGUUAAAAUUGAAUGAGACAUUAUCUGUGCAUUUCAAAAAAUAUUUAAAUCAAGAUGACUCAGUAAGAUAUUUUUAUUAUAACCAUUUUAACAACUGCAUUAAAUAUUCCUUCAAUAAUAAAAAAUUAAGUAAUGAAGAACUUCUUCUUGUAGCAGAUUUUCAUUUCCUACUUAAUGACUCAGAAACCAAGUAUAACAAAAUUAAACUUAAUAAAAACAUGUUCUCAAAAAAUAAGGAAAAAUCUUAUUUGUCAAAUGAAUUGUUCAAUUUUGAACACUCUUGUAUUCAGAAAAAUUGUUCAAAAAAUGAUCCAAAAAGUUGUGAACAGCAAGAAAAUAAGAAACAUUCCCAAAGCGUAACUCAAAAUGAAGCAGCAAUAAAUAUAAGCGAAACAGGAAAAAGUGUUUUUUCACAAAAUCAGCAUGAAAGGAGACAGAACAGUAAUAAGACUGAUAUAGGAAGUGAAAUAAAUUCAGAUAAAACAACUGAAAUUAAAAGCGACCAUGUGGACGAACAAAAACUAAGUAGCUACAAUCUUGAUAGUUCUGCUCAUAUAACAACUGAGGAGAAACACCAAUCGGAGGGUAUUCAUGUGAAAACAGAAAAUUCUAAAAAAUACCAAAGCACUUUGUAUGAAACACAAAAAAAAAACACCGCAGCAGGUGUAGAAUGUAGGGAGGAAAAAAAAAAAACAAAAUUAAAAUUGAUUCUUAAUGAAGAAUUAAAAAAAAAACUUUUUGAAGAUACUAGUGAUGAUGUAAAAAUAGAAAAAAUAUUUUUCAAAGAGGCAAACGGUCCAUGGAUAUUUGCAAAAAAGUCCCUACAGAGAGAACUUUUUAUUUUUCCCGAUGAUUCAAAAAUUUCUCUCUCCAAAGCGCAACGCGAUAUCCAACAUUUAAUGGAUGUCAACUUUUCAAAUAUAUACAUUUAG